CCGAGCCUGCAGCGAGCCGCCGAGCGAGCCUGGGCGGGGAGCCUCUGCCAGCCCCCCGGCGGGUCUGGAGGGUGCCAGCCGCCCCGCGGAGCCAUGCCUGGGGCUGCGGGGCCAGCCUGGGGCUCCCCGGCGCCUUUCCUACUGCUGCUGCGGUUUCUCCCCGCCCUGGAGGCAGCCGGCUGGAGAGGAGAAAACAACACUGUUGGCCCACAGCUGUACCAGGAAGAAAUAACGCUGCAGUGGAAAGCCACAGGAAGCGUGAAGCACCCAUUCAAAGCCGAAGUCAAGAUGACAGUCGAGGGGAGAGAGCUCCUCCUGGAUGUUGAGAAGAAUGAGCACCUCUUUGCCCCAGGCUACACUGAAACCCACUAUACCCAGACUGGAAGGCCUCACACCAUCACUUUCAACCACACAGACCACUGCUUCUACCAUGGUGUUGUGCGAGGCCUGGAACAAUCCAGCGUCACACUCAGCACGUGCAAAGGGCUACGUGGUCUUAUAGUACUGAGCAGCAAUCUCAGUUACAUCUUGGAGCCGGUCCCCGAUAGCCAGGAUCAACACUUGAUCUACAGAUCAGAACAUUUGAGGCUUCCCAGGGGGACCUGUGGAUAUCUUCACAAAGAGCCCACAACUACACACUUGCUCAACCCAUUGAUGGGCCGGGCCACAGCACACCAUCACAGGGUGAAGCGGGAGGAUUUGCAGUCGACGAAGUACGUGGAGCUGCUGCUGGUGGCUGAUUAUGCAGAGUUUCAGAAGAAUAACUAUGACCUUCAAAUAACGAAGAAUAAACUAGUGGAGGUUGCUAAUUACGUAGAUAAGUUUUACAAGUCCCUGAACAUUCGGAUUGCCCUGGUGGGGCUGGAGGUCUGGACUGACCGAAAUAAGUGCGAUAUAUCCGAGAAUUCACAUUCAACCCUUUGGUCCUUCCUCGCUUGGAGGCGCAAGCUGCUAGCCCGCAAAAAGCACGACAAUGCCCAGUUAAUCACUGGGAUGUCGUUCCAGGGCACCACAAUCGGCUUAGCUCCGCUGAUGGCCAUGUGCUCCGAUUUCCAAUCUGGAGGAGUGAACAUGGAUCACUCCGACAACCCCAUCGGCGUCGCUGCCACCGUGGCCCAUGAGAUGGGCCACAACUUGGGCAUGAGCCACGACUCGGCUGGCUGCUGUGCCGCCCGGGCUGACGACGGAGGCUGCAUCAUGGCUGCCGCCACGGGGCACCCGUUCCCCAGGGUAUUCAACACGUGCAAUAGGAAGGAGCUGGACAGGUACCUGCAGUCCGGCGGAGGGAUAUGUCUCUCCAACAUGCCAGACCCCAAUACUUUAUACGGAGGGAAGAGGUGCAGAAACGGUUACCUGGAAGAUGGGGAAGAAUGUGACUGCGGAGAAGUGGAGGAGUGCAAUAAUCCCUGCUGCAACGCCAUCGAUUGCUCCCUGAAGCCUGGCGCCGAGUGUGCGCAUGGAACCUGCUGUCACCAGUGCAAGUUAAUGGCUCCAGGAACUCUCUGCAGGGAGACGUCGAGACCCUGUGACCUGCCAGAGCAUUGCACUGGCAAGUCAGCAUUCUGCCCCGCCAACUUCUACCAAAUGGACGGCACGCCGUGUGCAGAAGGGAGGGCGUAUUGCUACGUUGGCAUGUGUAUCACGUACGAGCAGCAGUGCGUGGAGCUCUGGGGGCCUGGAGCAAGGCCCGCACCUGACCUGUGCUUUGAGAAGGUUAACGCUGCCGGCGACACCUAUGGGAACUGCGGGAAGGAUGUCUACGGCAGAUACAGGAAAUGUGAAAUGAGAGAUGCGAAAUGCGGGAAGAUACAGUGCCAGAGCUCUGCUUCCAAGCCGCUGGAGUCCAGAGCUGUCUCGAUAGACACCACCAUCCUGGUGGAGGGAAGACCGAUCAAGUGUCGGGGGACCCACGUGUAUGGUGCUGAAGAGAGUGAAGGGGAUAUGCUAGACCCUGGCCUGGUGAUGACGGGAACAAAGUGUGGGAACAAUCAUGUUUGCUUCGAGGGGCACUGCAGGAACACAUCCAUCUUUGACUCUGAAGGCUGUCGGAAGAAGUGCCAUGGGCGGGGAGUGUGCAACAGCAACAAGAACUGCCACUGCAACAAUGGAUGGGCGCCCCCGUUUUGCAACAAACCUGGGAAUGGAGGCAGCCUGGACAGUGGGCCCGUGCCCCAAGAAAGCCUGGUUCCAGUGAUAGCAGGAGUCCUGGUUUCCAUCUUGCUUUUGAUCGGAAUAGCAGUUGCGUUUUGCUGCUAUAAAUGGAGGGACAGACUCAGGCCUCUAAAAGAGACCAUCAUCCCUUCAAAGAGGAGCCAACAGUUUGGCAGUGCCUCUGCUCCAGAUCAGUAUGGUGUGAACGGCCAUGCAAAUCCAGCCUUCAAGCUGAAAACCCCACAGGAACACAGAAAGGCUACCUCCACCCCAGAAAUCCCAUCGAAACCUGCUGUGCUUCACCCCAAACCUACCCCAGAUCUCAAAACUAAUAUCCAGCAACCCCCUGCUUUCCCAGUCGGCCACAGCAACGACACCAGGAAAUCCCCUGGUCUGGUAUAUCAGAUAGAUGGGAUUCCGAAGGACACUGCAAGACGAAUUCCUCCAACCAGGCCAGCACCCCCUGCUCCAAAACUCAUAGUCCCACAGGACCCUGCUAGACCCCGCCCCCCACAGAAAGCUUUGCCGGCUAACCCCGUCCCUACUGGACCCAGGACUGUGCCAAAGAUGAACACCACAACGCUACCACCACCUGCUGUUGGAAGGCGCCCAGGACGACACCCACCACCGGUGGAGGGACGGGUGACGUAA